GUCUCUUGUUUUUUUUUUUUCUCUCUCUAGAAUCUCAGAGCUGCCAUAACCCAUUUGACGAAACCUCUGUUCUUCGUUCUAGCAAUUGGUGUUGAAGGAGUGUGGAGAAAGGAGUUUUGGGGUGGGAGAUGGCUGCAGUUGCUAGUGAUGAGGUUGGAGGGGAAAGGUUUUCAAGUGGGCAGCGUUGCCAAUCAGUGGAAGCAUUGGCUGAAUGGCGGUCAUCUGAACAGCCGGAAAAUGGAAUCCCAUCGACUUCGCCCCCUUACUGGGACACUGAUGAUGACGAUGAUGAUGGUGGGCCCAAACCUUCUGAAUUAUUUGGAAAGUAUACAUGGAAGAUAGAGAAAUUUUCACAGAUUAACAAAAGAGAACUUCGUAGUAAUGCAUUUGAGGUUGGCGGCUACAAAUGGUACAUUUUAAUUUAUCCCCAAGGUUGUGAGGUUUGCAAUCAUCUAUCAUUGUUUCUUUGUGUUGCUAACCAUGACAAACUUCUUCCAGGUUGGAGUCAUUUUGCACAGUUUACAAUAGCUGUGGUUAAUAAGGAUCCAAAGAAAUCAAAACAUUCAGAUACUUUACAUCGGUUCUGUAAGAAAGAGCAUGAUUGGGGAUGGAAAAAGUUCAUGGAGUUAUCAAAAGUGUUUGAAGGGUUUAUAGAUUCUGAUAAUCUAAUUAUAAAAGCUCAAGUUCAGGUCAUCAGGGAGAGAGCAGAUCGCCCUUUUCGUUGCCUUGAUUGUCAGUAUAGGAGAGAACUUGUUAGGGUAUAUUUGACAAAUGUGGAGACAGUUUGUCGGCGAUUUAUGGAAGAGGAACGAGGCAAGCUAGGCAGAUUAUUAGAGGACAAGGCUAGGUGGCCAAGCAUCUGUGCUUUCUGGUUGGGAAUUGAUCAAAGUGCCAGGCGCCAUAUGUCCAGGGAGAAAGCAGACAUGAUUCUGAAAGUAGUUGUAAAGCACUUUUUUAUAGAGAAGGAAGUAACAUCUACUUUGGUAAUGGAUUCACUUUAUAGUGGGUUGAAGGCUCUUGAAGGGCAGAGUGAGUGCAGGAAAGGCAACUCAAAAUCAUUAGAAACGGAAGAAAUGCCAGCUCCCAUCAUUUGUGUGGAGAACGAUAUGUUUGUCUUGGUGGAUGAUGUGCUGCGACUUUUAGAGAGGGCUGCCUUGGAACCAUUACCUCCAAAAGAGGAGAAGGGUCCUCAAAACCGCACAAAGGAUGGGAACUCUGGGGAGGAUUUCAACAAGGAUUCUAUUGAGCGUGAUGAAAGACGUCUUACAGAAUUGGGUCGCAGGACAGUGGAAAUAUUUGUCCUUGUGCAUAUUUUCAGCAACAAGAUAGAAGUUGCUUAUCAGGAAGCUGUUGCUUUGAAGAGGCAAGAAGAGCUCAUCCGUGAAGAAGAAGCUGCAUGGCUGGCUGAAAGUGAACAGAAGGCUAAACGUGGAGCAUCUGAAAGGGAGAAAAAAUCAAAGAAAAAACAGGCCAAACAAAAACGGAAUAAUCGUAAGGGCAAGGAUAAAGGGAGGGAGGAGAAGUCUUGUGUGGCAAUAAUGGAUAAGCAUGAAGAAGAAAGCCCCGGUGAUGAAAAGGAAUCAGCCAUUGAAGAGAUGCAUCCUUUACCCGAAAAGGCUGAUGUCCUGGACGAUGUUUCUGAUGUCUCAGAUUCAGUGGAUGGUGGUGUUACUGAAGUACUUCAGCCUGACUCCGAAGACAGAGAUGCCAGUCCUGUUAAUUGGGAUACUGACACAUCUGAAGUUCAUCCCCCCACAGAAGCCAGUAGCAGUGGAAUAAGUGGAAUCUGUGUGCAAAAUGGUAUAGCUGAUAAAAGGAGUCCAUCUGUUGCUGAUGAUAGUUCCUCAACUUGUUCUACAGACUCGGUGCUAUCUGUAGUAAUGAAUGGACCUCAUAAGGGCAACUUUUCUAACUACCAUAAUCAAGAUUCACCCAUCAGAGGGAAGAACCAGCGAGGCAGAGCUACUUUUGAUGGAAGUAGUUGGACUAUCGAGACUGAUAAUCAACCUUCUGGGCGUGCUCUGGAGGCAGGGGACCUUAAUGAUGCAUCUGAAAGUCGUAAGGCUGGUGAAUCUGAGUCUGAGGCUGUUGUGUCUUCUUUGCAGGGUCAGACAAAGUGGCUAGAGCAGCACGUGGUUAAGAAGGAAGAAGUUGUUUCUCCUCAAAAGACAGUGACCCAUAGAGUCCAAGUUGAUCUGGAAAGACCAAAAGAGAAGACAACAGCUAUGUCUUCCUCUCCCAGGAGCCCUCCCAGAUGUCUGUUGCCUACUGUUCAGUUUAAGUCAGAGCAGAAGAGUGCUGUUACUGUGACUCCUGUGCCGGUUAGGAAGGCCUAUUCAAACGGCUUACAACAUACUGAUCAAGCUGUACCAUUUAGUAGUACUUCAUCCCAAAUGAUUUGUACAUCAAAAUCUGAUACACAGAAGGCUCCAAGUCCAAAACCAACUGAAAAAGCUCUGACUCACUGGCCUGUAAUGUCAAGGCCCUCUAGUGCUCCUCUGAUACCUGGUCCUAGGCCAACAGCUCCUGCUGUUUCUGUAGUGCAAACGGCUCCAUUGCUUGCUCGUUCAGUCAGUGCAGCUGGUCGGCUAGGACCUGACCCCUCACCUGCUACCCAUAGUUAUGUUCCUCAGUCCUAUAGAAAUGCUAUAGUUGGGAACCAUGUUGGUUCUAGUUCAGCCAGUUUCACUCACCCUAACUCCCCAAGUGCGGGAGUAAAUCCAUCACCAGCAUACGUGCAGCCAGCUUCCUUGGUCUCUGCACCAGUAUUUAUGCCCCAGAGCUCUGAGAGGAUAAACCCCAAUUCUGUCCAAUCUGGCUUUCCCUAUGGCAUGGUGACACGGGAUGCCUUGCAGAAUGGACCUCAAUGGAUGGAGAGUUCUCAGGCCAGCAGAAGUAUGCGCUGUGAUCCUUCCCCAUUACAUACCGGCAUUCAAAAUCUUGACUUAUGCCAACCUGUGCAGAGUGGAUCCCUAGAACAGACAUCCACCGAGUUUCCAGCUUGCAAAUCUGGACGUCAGACCCAGGGUGUAGUGGCAGAUGAGUUCCCACACCUUGAUAUCAUCAAUGACUUACUCGAUGAGGAACAUGGUAUUGGGAAAGUGAAUGGGGAAGGAACAGUCUUGCAAUAUCCUAGCAAUGGCUCACAUCCUUUGAAUGGACACUUUAGUUUUUCAUCUGAAAUGAGCAUGUCAAGUGAGAUGGGGUCUUCAAGUGGCUCGUGCAGGUUUGAGAGGGCACAGAGUUACCGUGAUGAUGGAUUGCAACGGAGUUAUGGCUCUAUGGGUCAGUUUGAUGCACCAAGGGAGUUCAUUCCCCAAGCUAGUCCGCUACCAUAUGCAAGCGGUCAAAUUGAUGGAUUGAUCCCAGCCCAGUGGCAAAUAGCUGGCUCUGAUCUGUCAUUACUCGGCAUGAGGAACUCAGAGAACGACGGUUACCCAUAUUUUAGCACAGAUCACUCAAAUUUGACAUGCAGCGUCAACGGUUAUACAGUAUUCCGACCAUCAAAUGGACAUUGACGGAGUUUCCCUGCAAAUUAGAGGGUUGCUUUAUCCGUUGUAAUAAUAUGUUGGAGAAAAUUGUUGGGUCAUUAGCUUUGGAGUGAGUUUGUAAUCUUUUCCAUAAGAAAACAUAGUAAAGAGUGUUUCUGCCUUCGCAUCCAGCAUCAUUCAGUGUCAGCAGUACGGACCCAUGAAAUCUCAUACCCAUAUGGACCGCUAGGCGCUAGCUGAGGUGGGAGAAGAAAAAUAAAAAAAAUUCAAGACUGCUUUUUCAAAAGAGAUGAAUAUGAUGGGAUUCGAGUCCAGAAAAACCUCUUCUCUUCCCUUCUGUUCCAUUCAAUUUUUCUGAAAAUUAUACACUAGUCAACAGUCAAUCUUUCUAAGUUGAAAUUUUAAUAAAUAUUUUCCGUGUUU